GAACAGGUUAUACUUACUGUUUUUGUUACAGAUCAUUAUAGUACUAACUGUUACUAGCAACUACUUCUGUUGAGCUAGAGCUUGAGAGAGCAGUGGUGCCUUGUAACCUCCGCGCGACUACGAUUUGACAAGAACAGUAUUAAGUUUUCGUACAUCACAUAUAAAUUACCUCCAUGCAUGAGAAUCACUCAGUUGAAGAUGGUUCAUUCUUUUCGUACUGGUCCUGGUGCGGCACUGACUUCAACUUACGCGGUUGCGGAUUCCAAGCGCAUUUUCGCGACGAAAAUAUGCAAGCGAUUUUUUGCGGAUCUUCGCAUGGAAGAAACCUCGAAGGCUACACACCCUUCAGCUCACUUCGUCCACACGAGAGCAAAAAAUGCAUACGGAAGUGAGAUAUGGCGGCCUGGGGACGGGGGGACAAGCACGCUGAAGAACCGUGACAGUGGUGAGACCCACUCCGUUUCUUCUGGAUCAACAAGCUCGAAAUUGUCACUCUCACUGGCUGUGAAACCAGAUUUGUCAAGCUCUACUACAACAAUUGUGCCCCGGGAGCAGCCAGCCAGCACCAGACAAGAAGAGGCUGAGCCUGAUGAAGAUGGAGGCGAAACAAAGACCCGCCCGCGUGCACCAGAUGAAAAAUACCUGUCUUGUUCCACGACCAAGAAGAAGAAAAGACCUGCUCCAGUGAAAUCACGAGCAGGCAUGCUAAUUGCUUCUCUUUACAAAGACGCCUCGACAAUGGAUGAGCUGCAUUGGUCGUUCGCGCUGGAGAAGGCUUUGAGAGUGUUACCACAAGCCAACGCCAUAGAUUAAGGCUCAAGAACUUUCAUUGGUCACCAUUUAGAUUGAAGGCUUUGAGAGUGUUACCACAAGCCAACGCCAUAGAUUAAGGCUUUGAGAGUGUUACCACAAGCCGCUCAAGAACUUUCAUUGGUCACCAUUUAGAUUGGAGACUUUCUCAACGACUAGAAGAUCAGGGACUUCGACGGACAGCUCGUUUACUUUCAUUUCAUUGGUCAUUUAGAUUGGAGUCACUGAUAUCGAAGGCGCGACCCCUUUGGAGAACAGGGGAAAAUGUUGAAGGGAAAACAAGUAGAGAGAUGUGGGGCCCCUCCCGUUCAGAGUCAGUGACCAAUGACUGCUGACCUUUAAAUAGAGAUAUCGCAAUUACUGGGGAUUCUAGCCAAGCACGGAAAGCGAGACUCUCAAGUCAUGUUUCAGGCUUGGGAACGAUUUGCGCAAAUUGCAAAUCAAGGAACCGGAGAGGGGGCGGGAGAAGAAGAUGAAAUCGAUGAUAAAGCUCUCCUUAGUGAUUGGCAAUGGAGUGACGAAGGUGUGGCAAGUCCUCUUUUAGGUAGUCGCGAUCAGUCCGGGACAUCAAGCGAACAAGAGACGUCGAUAUCAAGCUUCACAUACGCCAUCAUCCUAGAUUCCUUCCGGAAGUUGGACUUGCCCAAUGUCCAAGCUUGUAAGCUGGCACAGGAGAGACUACUUGAAAACGAGGACAGGAGCGCACCAUCUUCUGAAAAAGCUUCCCAUCCAGUUCUAGUCAAAAGUCUGAAAAAGUAUGAAGAAUUUUUGGAAGCAAAAGGUGUGAACCUUCUGGGUCGUUUCUGAUAAGCCCGAACUCCAAGAAGACAGCGCACAGUUGACUUUCGAAAAGAAAUCGUAAUUUUUGAAGAAAGUGAUGCUUU